AUGCUGGUCGUUGAUAACUUACCCUGGGACGUCAUUCUAGGAGUAGACUUCCUGAAAAGUCAACGGGCAAGGAUCGACCUCCUAGCGGGUACCAUCGAGUUAGAAGGGAACCAAAUCCCCCUCGUCACGACUGCUGACUCCGCCGAUGAUUGUUGUCCCGCCAUGUCGAUCGACGUAGACAUACUGAUAUCGCGACUGAAACCUACAAUAAGCUCGUCGACGAAGGCAGAACUAAGAAGUGUUCUGUCGGAGUACACCGAUGUUUUCGCUUGGAAGGAUUCUGAUGUUGGGCGAACGAAACACAUACAACAUUGUAUCGACAAUGGAGAUGCUACACCCAUCCGCCUACCACCACGAAGUGUCCCGAUUCAGUAUCAACACCAGCUAAAUCAAAUGAUCGAUGACAUGCUGAGCAAAGACAUCAUCAAACCUUCCGCGUCACCAUGGGCCUCGCCAGUCGUCUUGGUUCUUUACGACUGUGUUGACUAUCGCAAGUUGAAUGACGUCACCCGUAAAGAUUCUUUUUCACUACCCCGCACUGAUGAUACUUUCGACGCCUUGGGAGGGGCAGCCUGGUUCAGUACACUGGACUUAGCUUCUGGAUACUGGCAAGUGGAAAUACAGCCUAGUGACCGUUGCAAGACCGCUUUUGCGAUCCCAUCGGGUUUAUAUGAGUUUCAAAGCAUGCCGUUUGGAUGA